CCUAUACGUGUGUUUAUUUCUUUCCCACGCGCAUUAUGAUAAAGUUCGUUUCCCGCGUUAUGAUUGGCUAAUAUCCUGACAUCCCACGAGACAAUUGGUUAACGCUGUAACAGGCACUCACAAAUAGCCAUUAAGCGCUCGGGAUCGAGAGGUGGGCGGGGUUUGUCGGAAUACGAGUGUGGGGAAAUAUAAUACCCGGUUUAAUCUGUGGGUGCUUUAGAGUGACGCGAAUUUCACGCGGAUCUUCAAUGUAUUAUAUCCCGGAAGUGAGCCCUGUGUAUGGGGUUAAGAUCUGAGCUAAAGGAAAGACGGAAAACCCUGACGGCAGAAAUCACAAAAAAACUUUGCUAGCUUAACAGCUAGUCCGCGGAGUCGUUUGUAAUUUAUUGUUAUUGGUAUAAUUAAUUUUAUUAUUAUUACUGUGCUAAAAUGGAGUCUUUGCGGUGUUUGAGCAUCUCCCAUCAUCUGGAGGAGUUUAAAGAUGACGGUUUGCAGACCGUGACCUCUGCAGAGCAGAGGAAAGUUGAACGCAGCAUUAAAGAGGUGCUCAGUGUUUACCAGCAAAUCCACCCUUCACCCCAGCCAACGUUACUACGAGAACAACACUACCAAUAUCUGAAGAAAGGUUUACGCCAUCUCUCGGAUGCCUAUGAGUGUUUGGAUGCCAGUCGGCCUUGGCUGUGUUACUGGAUCCUGCACAGUCUGGAGCUUCUGGAGGAACCCGUGCCUGCUUCUGUAGCAUCAGAUGUGUGCCAGUUCCUGGCGCGGUGCCAGAGCCCGAAAGGGGGUUUCGCAGGAGGUCCGGGGCAGCACGCUCACCUGGCACCCACAUACGCCGCCGUAAAUGCCCUAUGCAUUCUGGGAACGGAGGAGGCCUACAGCGUCAUAAACAGAGAGACGCUCCUGGACUUCCUGUUCACGGUGAAACAGCCAGAUGGCUCCUUUGUCAUGCAUGUGGGUGGGGAGGUGGACGUCAGGAGUGCGUACUGCGCGGCGUCAGUGGCCUCUCUCACUAACAUCCUGACCCCCAAACUGUUCGAGGGAACACACAACUGGAUCCUCAGCUGUCAGAAUUGGGAAGGUGGUUUGGGAGGGAUGCCUGGUCUGGAGGCUCACGGUGGCUACACCUUCUGUGGCAUGGCAGCUCUGGUCAUCCUGGGAAAGGAACACAUGCUGGACCUCAAGGCCUUAUUACGCUGGGUCACGAGCAGGCAGAUGCGUUACGAGGGCGGUUUUCAGGGUCGCUGUAACAAGCUGGUGGACGGCUGUUACUCGUUCUGGCAGGCAGGCCUGCUGCCGCUGCUCCACAGAGCGCUCUUUAAAGACGGAGACGAGACGCUGAGCGUGAGCAGUUGGAUGUUCGAGCAGCAAGCGCUACAGGAAUACAUCCUGCUCUGCUGCCAGAACCCUGGAGGAGGCCUGCUGGACAAACCGGGCAAGUCCCGGGAUUUUUACCACACGUGCUACUGUUUGAGCGGUCUCUCGAUAGCACAGCACUUCGGGAACAAAGAUCUCCACCACCAGCUGGUCGUCGGCAGAGCUGAGAACAGACUGGCGCCGACUCACCCGGUGUACAACAUCUGCCCUGAGAGAGUUGCCCGAGCCAUCCAGCAUUUCCACAAGCUGCCUGCACCAGCGCCGAGAGGAGCUCCAGCGAGCGCACACCACCACCUGUAGGCUUUUUGUUUUUGUUAAGAGAUGACGCUGUUGUUGCUGUUGUUAUCUGGGCUGUACACAGGAACCUGGUGUGUAAAAACACUGUAAUUAAAAUCCAUGCUGGGGGAAAAAUAAAAUGCACCAGUCUUACUGAAACCUAAAGCAGAGGCCUUCAGUUUGUAGGGCCUCAGUUCUGCGGCGAGGACCUGAACGCUUUCUGCUGUCCUUGACCAGUCAAAAUGUACUCGGUGGCUUUUUUUCUUUUUAAAAACGUGACGUUGCCUCCGUGGUGCUGUGGAAAUAAAAGCUUCAGCGGUUUGUAUUUAAUGUGGUUACGUAAUUUACAAAUAAACAAAUGAAAUGAAAAA